AUGGGGCGGAGCCAUUGGGCUAGCAGGGGCGCUAGUGGCCUAUGCGCAGCACGCUCUGAUGGGCGCGCGGCACCAGCGACGGGUUGUGACGGCGGCUCCUGGUGCGGCUCGGCGCGUGGCCAGCUCUCAAGUUCGGAACGGAACGCUCGGUGUCACGGUCCCUGCGCGGAAACUUUGCCGCGGAGCCGCGACCUCCUGGCCCGAGCGGCCGGGCAUGAAGCGGCGCUGAGGAGCUGCCGCCGCCGCUGCCGCCGCCUCCGUCGCCGCCGCCGCCAGAGGAGGAGCCGCAGCACCCUGGGCCACGCCGAUGACUACUGCAAACUGUGGCGCCCACGACGAACUCGACUUCAAACUCGUCUUUGGCGAGGACGGGGCGCCGGCGCCGCCGUCCUCGGGCUCGCGGCCUGCAGCACAUCUUCAUUACCUCCACUAGACUGGCCUUUACCAACUCAUUUUGGACAAUGUGAACUGAAAAUAGAAGUGCAACCUAAAACUCAUCAUCGAGCCCAUUAUGAAACUGAAGGUAGCCGAGGAGCAGUAAAAGCAUCUACUGGGGGACAUCCUGUUGUCAAGCUCCUGGGCUAUAAUGAAAAGCCGAUAAAUCUACAGAUGUUUAUUGGAACAGCAGAUGAUCGAUAUUUACGACCUCAUGCAUUUUACCAGGUGCAUCGAAUCACUGGGAAGACUGUUGCUACUGCAAGUCAAGAGAUAAUAAUUGCCAGCACAAAGGUUCUGGAAAUUCCCCUUCUUCCUGAAAACAAUAUGUCAGCCAGUAUUGACUGUGCAGGUAUUUUGAAACUCCGCAAUUCAGAUAUAGAACUUCGAAAAGGAGAAACUGAUAUUGGCAGAAAGAAUACUAGAGUACGACUUGUAUUCCGUGUGCACAUCCCACAGCCCAAUGGAAAAGUCCUUUCUCUUCAGACAGCUUCCAUACCUGUUGAGUGCUCUCAGCGGUCUGCUCAAGAACUUCCUCAUAUUGAGAAGUAUAGUAUCAACAGUUGUUCUGUAAAUGGAGGUCAUGAAAUGAUUGUGACUGGAUCUAAUUUUCUUCCAGAAUCCAAAAUCAUUUUUCUUGAGAAAGGACAAGAUGGACGACCUCAGUGGGAGGUAGAAGGGAAAAUAAUCCGGGAAAAAUGUCAAGGGGCUCACAUUGUCCUUGAAGUUCCUCCAUAUCAUAACCCAGCAGUUACAGCUGCAGUGCAGGUGCACUUUUAUCUUUGCAAUGGCAAGAGGAAAAAAAGCCAGUCUCAACGUUUUACUUAUACACCAGUUUUGAUGAAGCAAGAACACAAAGAAGAGGUUGACUUGUCUUCAGUUCCGUCAUUGUCUGUGCCUCAUCCUGCCCAGACCCAGAGGCCUUCUUCAGACACAGGACACCGACAUAACAGUGUACUGUCAACACAGAGAAGCUUGGUUUGUCCCAUCCAGCAAACAUAUGCAUCCAUGGUAACUUCAUCUCAUCUGCCACAGUUGCAGUGUAGGGAUGAAAGCGCUGGUAAAGAGCAGCAUAUGUUACCUUCUUCAGUCAUGCACCAGCCUUUUCAAGUCACACCAACACCUCCUGUGGGGUCUUCCUAUCAGCCUAUGCAAACUAAUGUUGUGUACAACGGACCAACUUGUCUUCCAGUUAAUGCUGCCUCUAGUCAAGAAUUUGAUCCGGUUUUGUUUCCACAGGAUGCAGCUCUUCCUACUUUAAUAAAUCUUGGCUGUCAACCAUCGUCAUCCAUACCUUUUCAUUCUUCAAAUUCAGGCCCAACAGGACAUCUCUUAGCCCACACACCUCAUUCGGUACAGACCCUGCCUCAUCUGCAGUCAAUGGGAUACCAUUGUUCAACCACAGGACAGAGAUCUCUUUCUUCUCCAGGGGCUGACCAGGUCGCAGGCCAGCCUCCCCCUCAGUUACAGCCCAUUACAUAUGGUCCUUCACAUUCAGGGUCUGGUACAGCAGCUUCCCCAGUAGCCUCUCAUCCCCUGGCUAGUUCACCACUUUCUGGGCCACCAUCUCCUCAGCUACAGCCUAUGCCUUACCAAUCUCCUAGCUCAGGAACUGCCUCAUCACCAUCUCUAGCCACCAGAAUGCAUUCUGGACAGCACUCAACUCAAGCACAAAGUACAGGCCAGGGAGGUCUUUCUGCACCUUCAUCCUUAAUAUGUCACAAUUUGUGUGAUCCAGCUUCAUUUCCACCUGAUGAGGCAACUGUGAACAUUAAGCCUGAACCUGAAGAGCAGGAACCUAACUUUUCAACAAUUGGUCUACAGGACAUCACUUUAGAUGAUGACCAGUUUAUGUCUGACUUGGAACACCAGCCAUCAGGUUCAGCAGAGAAAUGGCCUAACCACAGUGAGCUCUCAUGUCCAGCUCCUUUCUGGAGAAUCUAGAGGGUGAGUGUUGAUUGAAAUGUGUCAUUGUUUUUAUACCCAAGUCUGGUAUUUGCAUGCAGUGGCUGGAUUUGCAUGUGCUACAGAGGAUGGGGUAUACAUGGGCAUCUUGGUAGGUCCACUCAUUAUCUUUGGAGCUACACUUUGACUGCAAGACUCUGCUUUUUAUUAAAAAAAAUUUUUUUUAACGUUUAUUUAUUUAUUUUAAGAGAAAGAGUGAGAACUUGUGUAAGUGGGGGAGGGGCUGAGAGGGAGAGAGAAUCCCAAGCAGGCUCUACGCUGUCAGGGCAGAGCCCGAUCCCAGGAACUGUGAGAUCAUGACCUGAGCCAAAAUCAAGAGUCAGAUGCUUAACUGACUGAGCCACCCAGGGCCCCAAGACUCUGCUUUUUAUUUGUUUAUUUAAUUUAUUUUUGAGAGAGAGAACGUGAGCUAGGGAAGGGCAGAGAGAGAAGGGUACUGAGGAUCCAAAGCAAGGUCCAUGCUGACAGCAAUGAGCCUGAUGCAAGGCCUGAACCCAUGAACCAUGAGAUAAUGACCCGAGCCGAAGUUGGAGGCUCAACUGACCCACCCAGGCACCCCAAAACUACUUUAUAAAUCGAACCAUAUUCAGGCUUGUACACUAGUACUUAUGAAUUUAAUCUGGUUUGAGUAGAAAGCAAGUGUUUAACUGAAUUUAUUAAAUCAAAGCAGAGAAGCCCAUCUGUAAGAAUUCUAUGGCUUGGGGGUGCCUAGGUGCCUCAGUUGGUUAAGCAUCUGACUCUUGAUUUCAGUUCAGGUCAUAAUCUCACAGUUCAUGAAAUCGAAGCCAACAUCAGGCUCUGUGCUGACAGUGCAGAGCCUGCUUGGGAUUCUCUCUUUCUCCCUCUUUCUCCACCUCUCUUUCUCUUUCAAAAUAAGUAAAUAAACUUUAAAAAAAUUCUAUGGCUUGGGUGCUGAGUAAACUUGGUUGUCAGUCAAGUGUAUAAGUCUGCUCAUCUCUGGUCAAUCAAGUACUCUUAAGUUUUGACGUGAGACAGUUUGGAAUGAAAAUAAAGCAGGACAUUUUAUCCAUGUGCCAGAGGAAACCUGGAUCCUUUACCCUUGAGCCUCCCCUGUAGACCCAUGUGUGCAUUCCUAAUAAUUCUUCUGGGACUCCAUUUGGAAAGAAUCCAUAUAAGUGAAGUCUGCAUGAGGGAGGGGGCUGGGCCUCAAGCCACUCUACCUCAGCAACCCACCAGGAACACAACUCUCCCUCACUAUCAUGCAGCUCCUUUCUUUGAAGACUCUGAAAGCUUCUGAAGGGUGCCUGGGUGGCUCAGUUUGUUUAAGUAUCUAACUUCGACUCAGGUCAUGAUCUCACGGCUCAUGAGUUUGAACCCUGAGUUGGGCUCUGUGCUGACUGCUCAGAGCCUGGAGUCUGCUUCAGAUUCUGUGUCUUCCUCUCUCUCUACCUGCUCGUGCUCACUCUCUUUCUCUCAAAAAUAAACAUUAUGAAAAAGAUUUUUAAAAUUUUUUUUCAACAUUUUUAUUUAUUUUUGGGAGACAGAGUGAGCAGAGGAGGGGCAGAGAGAGAGGGAGGCACAGAAUCCAAAGCAGGCUCCAAGCUCCGACCUGUCAGCACAGAGCCCGGCAUGGGGCUCAAACCUACCAACUGUGAGAUCAUGACCUGAGCUGAAGUCGGACACCCAACCGACUGAGCCACCCAGGCACCCAUGAAAAAAAAUUGUUUUUUAAAUGUUUUUAUUUAUUUUUGAGACACAGAGAGUCAGAGCAUGAGCAGGGGAGGGGCAGAGAGAGAGGGAGACACAGAAUCGGAAACAGGCUCCAGGCUCUGAGCGGUCAGCAUAGAGCCCAACACGGGGCUUGAACUCAUGGACUGUGAGAUCAUGACCUGAGCUGAAGUCGGACGCUUAACCGACUGAGCCACCCAGGUGCUUCGUGAAAAUUUUUUCUAAUUGAGAAAUAGAAUAAAGACUCUGAAAGCCACUGAGAACAUAUGUGAUAGAAAUUAUAAAUAUAUAAGUUGUAAUUCUCAACAUGCCAUUUGAAUUUAAAUUUAAUGAAUUUAGAUUUGGAAGGGAACUACCCAGAUCUUUAUAUAUGAGAUACUAAGCCUCCUGAUUAGACAAGGCACCAAAACAUUGGCUUCUCCCAGAAACUGAGCCUACCCUGGUCUCACAUCACUCUUGUCUCUAGUCAUGAGAGGAGUAGAAAUAGCAACUAAAUUCCUGCAUCUGUCUAAGGAGAGUUAUAACCUGAAGGUUUUUUUUUUUAAUUGAAGUAUAGUUGACAUAUAAUAUUCUGUUACAUUUCAGGUGUCUAUCACAGUGAUUUGCUAUUUUUAUACAUUACAAAAUGAUGCUUGUGAUAAGGCUAGUUGCCACCUCUCACCAUAAAAAGUUACUACAAUAUUACUGACUAUAUUUCCUAUGCUGUACAUUACAACCCCAUGACUUGUCUGUUUUAUAGCUGGAAGAUUAAGUAAUUCACCCUAGUUAUAUCUCAGCUGAACCAAAGAUUAAAGUUUGCUCUCUUUUAGAGUUUACCCCAUAGCUCUUCCCUUGCAUGAAGCAAUAAGUAAGUUGGUCCUAGUGAUCUUGGUAAGAAGCAUUUCUGUGGAAUGAGGGGAUCAAUGUAUGACUAAGGGGUGAACAGGAAGUAAGAACAUAGAAACAGCAGGCAGUGUAGAUAACUCCUUUAAGAUAUUAAGCAAUCAUAGCACCUGGGGGUGGUUCAGUUGGUUAAGCAUCUGACUUCAGCUCAGGUCAUGGUCUCAGAGUUUGCGAGUUCAAGUCCUGCAUCAGGUGAACACAGGGCGUGCUUCAGUUGGGGCCUGCUUUGGGUGAGUCCUGCAUCUCUCUCCCAGUCUUUUUCUCUGUCCCUCGUGGGAUAUUCUCUCUCUCUCUCUCUCUCUCUCUCUCUGUCUCUCUCUCUCCCUCUCCUCCCUCCCCCCUCCCCCGCUCCUCACUCACUUGUUCCCUCUCUAAACAAACAAAAAAGCUGUCUUUGCCAAGUCCUCCAAAAAAAAAAAAAAAAAAAGUUAAGCAAUGAAAGAAAAAAUAGAUAUAGAGGGUUACAUGGAGUCUAGGGUUUUUAUUUGUUUGCUUGCUUGUUUAAGAUAGACAUACAUACUUGUCAAUGUUGAGAAAGAUCCAGAAGGGAAGAUAGGUAGAUCAGUUGAAGAGCUGGAAGAGUGAAGAAAAA